UUCUCAUAAUUCCUCCUCCUCGUUCCCUUAAUUCAAGAUGGCCAGACGAUAUGACAGUCGUACUACGAUCUUCUCGCCAGAAGGUCGAUUAUAUCAAAUCGAAUAUGCGAUGGAAGCCAUCUCGCACGCCGGUACCGUCCUCGGCGUCCUAGCCAAAGACGGUGUAGUGCUCGCAGCAGAGAAGAAGGUUACGGGCAAACUCCUCGAUCUCUCAAGCUCCAAGGAGGGAGGUUAUGGUGGAAGUGGAGAGAAGAUCUUCUUGCUGAACUCGAAUGUGAUAGGAGGUGUAGCUGGUCUCACAGCUGACGCAAACUCCCUGGUCAACUUUGCCCGCAACGCUGCGCAGCGCCAUCUGUUAACCUACAACGAAGAUAUCCCAGUGGAACUCCUCGCCCAGCGACUAUGUGAUAUGAAGCAAGGGUACACCCAGUUCGGAGGUCUCCGACCAUUCGGUGUAUCCCUCCUCUACGCCGGCUACGACCCACACUACCAAUUCCAACUAUACCACUCCGAUCCCUCAGGCAAUUACUCCGGCUGGAAAGCAACCUGCAUCGGCGCCAACAACGGCACCGCCCAAAGUCUACUCAAGCAAGAGUACAAAGACGAUAUUGUGGUGAAGGACGCGAUCGGUUUGGUGUUGAGGACGAUGAGCAAGACGAUGGAUAGUACGACGCUGAACAGCGAGAAACUGGAGUUCGCCGUUCUCACUCUCGAUCCCGAGACGAACAAGCCCAAGGCCAAGAUCUACCGACCGCACGAGAUCGAUGCUCUGCUGCUGAGCGAGGGUUUGACAAAGAAGGACGAGGACACCGAAAUGAAAUAAUUGGCUUAUUCUUGCUCUCCUUCUUCGUGUACUUGUAGUUUCUGUAAUGUCGAGUUGGGUGAC